AAAAGAAGAAGAGAAAACAAAACGAGAAAAAAAAAACCGCAAAACCCAAAACCCUACAAAUCGCUACCCUUACGACCUUUCUUUCUCUGUCUCUCCUUCAUUUCGGUUAUUCGCUGCUUGUACAUACUUUGCUCACCUGAAAAGCCGACUCCAUCGUCAUUCGCGGAAACUGAGAGUGGGUCUGGAGACAAGAAGAUUUACAAAUUAUGGAGGAAUGAUUGACGACCACUGCAUUUGGCAGGGAUACUGAGUGUCUUGGCCUGAGAACGAACAAGUGAACGAACCCACUUCGGAUGUCAUCAACUCAUCAUCAUCCGCUCCACAGAGUUUAUCUCUAAGUUGGGCUCAUGGGAAAUGAUGACGUUGCAAAGAUGAAGCAAAAACAUGGAUCAAAGAGGAAGACGCAGUUUCAACUUGAAUCCUUGGAGAACUUUUAUUCAGAGGAACAAUACCCCACACAAGCAGUGAUGGAGGAUUAUGCUACUGCACUGAACUUGACAUAUAAGCAGGUCCGAGGAUGGUUUGUUGAGAGGCGUAGGAAGGAUAAAAGGGAAAAUGAGGAAUCUGGGGAGGCCUCAACAGUUAAGGUGAGAAGCUCUAUGGUGAGAAGAAAGACUAACAAGUUAAAGAGAAAACUUUAUUGUCUCCAAGAUAUAUUUCCUUCAGAUUACAUUUUGAAGAAGGUAUUCCGUAAAGAUGGUCCUCCUCUUGGUUCGGAGUUUGAUGCUCUUCCUGCAGGAGCCUUUCACCAUUGUAAAGAUUCCAGAAAUUCUCAUCCUGCUUGCCGAGACAACCAAAGAGCACUCAAAAAGAGAAAGAUCUCCAAGUCCUCAAAUCCAGACUCUCAAAUUUGCAAGAGUGCUCCAGUGAAGAAACAUGGUAUUGGGAAAGGCUUAAUGACAGUUUGGCGUGCUACAAAUCCUGAUGCUAAAGGUUUGCCUGCUGGCGUCAAUUUUACUGGGAUAGAAACUGGUAAUAUACAACCAAGUUUGGCUUCUUCAAAAUCCAAAAAACAAGGUAGAGAAAAAAGGUUGCAACAUCAAAGGCUUCUUGAGAAACAGAGAAGAUUGGAUAAUAAACUGCAGAAUAAGAAAACUUCUAUGAGAAAAAGAAAGACGGAAUGCAACAAGGAUGGCCAUCCAAAGAGGCUACACAAUGUAGAAUGCAAACUUGCACUGGAAGGAUUAAGGUCUUUAGAGCAGCCGAAUGAAUUAGCAGUGCAGGUGGAUGAUGAGGAACUGGAGCUUAGAGAGCUACAAGCAGGACCAAAUCCACUAACAUGCUGCGAUCAUCUGGCAACAAAUGGAAUACAUGGUUGCUCCCUUUGCAAAGAUUUGCUGGCUAGGUUUCCUCCACAUUCUGUGAAGAUGAAGCAAGCAUUCUGUAUGCAACCAUGGAAUUCUUCACCAGAGCUUGUCAAAAAACUUUUUAAGGUCUUUCAUUUCUUGUACACUCAUUCUGUGGCAAUUGAACUGUGCCCCUUUACUCUUGAUGAGUUUGCUCAAGCAUUUCAUGACAAGGACUCUUUGCUACUUGGAAAAAUUCAUGUUUCUCUACUCAAACUUCUUCUGUCUGAUGUUGCAAUAGAGCUUAGUAAUGGAUAUCUUCCUCGCAUGAGUAAAGACUGCAGAUUCCUUUGGUUUCUUCACUCGGUAGAAAACCAAGAAUUUUUGGUGAAGUUCUGGAAUGAAUCUCUGAAUCCUCUUACAUGGACAGAAGUUCUACGUCAAAUCUUGGUUGCAGCUGGUUUUGGUUUGAAACAAAGUACAUUGCGAAAGGAAGCCCUUAACAAGGAGGGGAAUGGUAUGGCAAGAUAUGGUUUACGUUCUGGUACCUUGAAGGGUGAAUUGUUUAGUAUUCUGUCCGAGCAAGGUGCUAGUGGGUCGAAAGUUUCUGAGUUGGCAAAAGCUCUUCAGAUUGUUGAAUUAAAUCUCACCAGCACAACUGAUGAACUGGAGCAUCUAAUAUGUUCAACUCUUUCAAGUGACAUUACCUUAUUUGAGAAGAUAUCACCUUUUGCAUAUCGUCUUCGGAUAAAUCCUCUUGUCCCAAUGGCAGCUGAAGAUUUUCAAUCAGAAUCUGAGGACUCUGGAAGUGUUGAUUAUGACUCAGACGAAAAUGGCUCAAGUGACAGUAGUGAUGAUUCUGACUUAGAUUCAGCAACAAACAAUCUAAGUAUAAUUAGGUACAAGGGUCACCGUAAAAGGAUGAAUAAUAUGUUGACUUUACAUACUGAAAUUGAUGAAAGCAAUUCCGGGGAGAUGUGGGUGUUAGGGUUGAUGGAAGGUGAAUAUUCUGAUCUAAGCAUUGAAGAGAAGCUGAAUGCUUUAGUGGCUUUGGUUGAUCUUGCUAGUGCUGGAUCUAGUUUAAGAAUGGAGGAUCACACAAGAGUUAGAACAGCUACUGUUCCUGAUUCCUGGUGUCAUGGUUCUGGGGCCAAAAUAAAGAGAUCAUCAGCAAUGCAGAAGAAUCUGGCAGUUGCCAUCUAUCCUCAAUCAGGCUUCAGGGAAACACAUAAACCAUUGGAAGUUCUUCCAAUUGAUUCUUCCACAACAGUUUUGAAGACUUGUCGGAAGGAGAAAUGCUCUAGCAGAACCUCUUGUUCCAAGGCAAAGGCUGCAGAAGCAACAGAGAUGGUGGGAUCUGAUGUGCAUCCGCUGCAAUCAGUUUACUUAGGAUCAGAUCGUAGGUACAAUAGAUAUUGGCUUUUCUUGGGCCCAUGUAAUGAAAGUGAUCCAGGCCACAGGAGGGUCUAUUUUGAGUCUUCUGAAGAUGGUCACUGGGAGGUGAUUGAUACAGAAGAGGCUUUAUGUGCAUUGCUUUCAGUAUUGGACCGUAGAGGUGCACGGGAAGCUCAUCUUCUUGCAUCUCUGGAGAAGCGGGGAACUUUUCUUUGCCAAGCUAUGUCCAAUAAAAUGGCAGUUGACACUGAAGCAAGACAAUCAACACAAUCUGAUCAAUCUGAGAUAGAUAGCGUAGGUGUAGAAGGUUCUUCUCCAGUCUCGGAUAUAGACAAUAAUCUAUGUCUUACAGAGACUGCAAAUGGUUCUUUACCUUCAUCUGCUGCCAUAGUUCUUGAACUUGGAAAGAAGAUAGAAGAACAAAGACAAAAAUGGAACCGUCUUCAAGCAUUUGAUUCAUGGAUAUGGAAUUCUUUCUACUUAGAUCUCAAUGUUGUAAAACAUGGAAAAAGAUCUUAUGUGGAUUCACUUGCUCGCUGUGAGAGUUGUCAUGACCUGUAUUGGAGAGAUGAAAAACAUUGUAAAAUAUGCCAUACAACAUUUGAGCUAGACUUUGAACUUGAAGAAAGAUAUACUAUCCAUGUUGGCACAUGCAGAGAAAAAGACAAUGGUAUGCUGCCGAAUCAUAAAGUUCUAUCAUCACAGUUGCAGUCACUCAAAGCUGCAAUCCAUGCAAUUGAGUCAGUUAUGCCUGAAGAUGCCCUACUGGGUGCAUGGAAAAAAUCUGCUCACAAGCUUUGGGUCAAGCGGCUUAGACGCACCUCAUCCUUACCUGAGCUGUUGCAGGUUCUUGGUGAUUUUGUUGGUGCUAUCAAUGUGGAGUGGUUGAGUCAAUGCAGCUCCAGCCUAUGUUGUAAUGCUACUGUGGAUGAGAUCAUUGUAUUCUUUCCUACCAUGCCCCAAACAACAUCUGCAGUUGCAUUGUGGUUGGUCAAAUUGGAUACUUUGAUUGCUCCUUGUUUAGAAAGGAUUCAUUCUGAAAAGACACAAGAAAGAAAUUCGAGACUGAAAGGUAGGCGUGUUCCUACAUAAUUCAGAUUGUUGGGGAAAUGGUACUUUUUGAUGUACAUUUGAAGUGACGAAUCAAUUUAUCUAGUCUCAAUCCAAAGGGAAGUAAUCUUUGGGAGUUAAUAAUUGGUGAACAGUUGCAAGCAAGCUUCAUUUACCUUUGAUUGGAGGACCAUCAGGCCUCGUAGGAACAUUUUCUUUUUAUUUUUUUUUCCUAUAUAGUUUGUACAGAAAGUGUGCUUAUGCACUAUUCCAUUUUUGACCGCUACAGUAAUCCACAGGCAAUUGUGAGAGUUUGUACAGAACAGGAAUUCAGUAAGACAUGUCCGAUUGCUGUACUCGUUACAAGUUGAUCUGUGUCAAUCCCUUUUAUGGAGGGUUAAAGAAUUUUCUGGUAGCAUAAGGAAAGUACUCUUGCUUGUGUACAUUAACGUGGUUCAUGCAAAAUUUGAA